AUGGCGUCAGCAGAAACAGCGCCUCUAUUAGGGGCUAUCCCAGAUAUAGACCCCGAUACGACUCCUCCAUCUCGACCAGCAAACCCAAAACGUCUAUCCGCUGGCGUAGCGCGUAUGGAAAUUGUAUCCCGGAAUAUUACAACGACACAUCGCGUCUGGCUUUUUAUCGGCAUCUUCCUCGUCGGAUACGCAUACGGCCUCGAGAGUCAAACGCGGCUCGCUUACCAAUCUUACGCAACGUCCAGCUUCGAUCUACACUCUUACUUGUCCACCAUCAAUGUCCUGCGCAAUGUCAUCGCAGUCGCAGUCCAACCCAGCGCUGCAAAAAUAGCAGAUGUCUUUGGACGGUUCGAAGUCAUCGCUAUUUCUACUGUGCUGUACACGCUGGGUAUCGCGAUCGAGUCAACUGCACAGAGUGUUGAGGUGUUUUGCACGGGCAGUAUAAUUUACCAGACCGGUUAUACCUGCAUUGUUCUUCUUCUAGAAGUUCUCAUCGCAGAUUUCUCGUCCAUGCGCGCAAGAGUAUUCUUCAGUUAUCUACCCGCAAUCCCAUUCUUGAUCAAUACAUGGAUCAGCGGAAACAUCACCUCAGCCGUCUUGGGAUCGACAAGUUGGAGAUGGGGACUCGGCAUGUGGGCCAUCACUUAUCCCAUCGCUUCACUUCCUCUUCUGUCAUGCCUUUACUUCCUCGAAAGGCGAACCUGGGAAUCAGAAGGAAAAGAAAGUGAAGAAAUUGCACUUCUUUCUCUCAAGACCAAGAAAGGAAGAGCAGACCUUUUCCAUCAGCUUGAUAUCAUUGGUCUUGUUCUUCUCGUCACUGCAUUCUCACUCAUCCUUGCACCUUUGACCGUUGCAGGAGGAACUGCUAGUCAUUGGCGCAGCUGGUACAUAAUUCUACCCUUGGUCCUAGGAUUCUCCCUCAUGGUCUGCUUCAUCACCUGGGAGCAGCGAGGCGCGAAACAUCCUCUUAUCCCAUUCCAUCUCCUCCGCGACCGAGGGGUCUGGUCUGCCCUGGCUGUACGAAGUUUGCUCAACCUCGCCUGGUGCACACAAGGAAACUAUUUGUACACAAUUCUGAUCGUAGCAUUUGACUUUUCCAUCGAGAACGCCACCCGCAUCUUAUCCUUUUUCUCUUUCUUCGGCGUCAUCACUGGAGUAGUCGCUGGCCUCGUUAUCUUCAAAAUUCGUCGACUCAAGUUUAUCAUUGUUGGCGGAACACUGCUUUUCAUGGCUGCUUUUGGAGUUUUGAUCAUGUACCCUGGGGGUGCAUCGACUUCGUCAAAAGACGGAAUUAUUGCAGCGCAGAUCCUUCUCGGUGUUGCUGGUGGUUUCUUUGCAUACCCGACCCAAGCAUCUAUCCAGGCUUCAGCAUCGCGCGAACACGUCGCUAUUCUGACGGGCCUUUACUUAUCAUUUUACAACAUUGGAAGUGCAUUCGGCACAUGUCUCUCGGGAGCCAUAUGGACACAGACUCUCUAUAAAUCUCUCAAGCGCAACCUUGCUUUUCAGCCUGACGAAGGGCUCGCAAAGGCCAUUUAUAACAACCCCUUCUCCAUUAUUCCCGAUUACCCAGUAGGAACUGAGAUUCGCGAUGCUAUUAUCAACAGCUACAGUUCUGUUCAGAAACUACUUUGCAUUGCGGGAAUUUGCGUCUGCAUUCCAAUGAUUAUCUUUGCUUUAGCCUUGAGAAAUCCGCGAUUGUCGGAGCAGCAAGUUCAAACGGAGGAUGAGAACCAUGAACCUUGA